AUGAGUGCUCAAGUAUUAUUUCGAGUGAAAUGUUCAACAGAAUAUCGUUAAAUGGUCAGUAUAGUAGGAAACACUACUUAGUUAGGAAAUUGGAAUCCUUAACAAGGAUUUAAAUUAAUAACCAAUAAAGAAAUGUAUCCUAUUUGGUUUGGUGAUUUUGCUUUAGAAUUUGAACUUAGUAACUAUUCUUUAUUUAUGUAGAUUAAAUUGUUGAGUUCAAACUAAUUAUUACAGAUGGUAAUAAUUAAUUUUGGGAAUGUGGUGAAAAUCGAUUUCUUUAGAUAUAAGGAUAGAAAUUAGUGGUUGUUUUGACUUACAACAUUCCAUCCAUCUUUAUUUAUAACAUUAAAAGAAUUUUUUCUGACAAAGAUCUCUCUACAAUUACUUUCGGUAAUAUAAAUUAAAUAAUAAAUAGAAAGUACAAGAAAGGUAUCAAUACAAUUUUAGGAGAAUUUGUACGAUUCAGAAGAUAACUCAGUAAUUUAUUUUUUUAUUCUUUUAGGAUUCAGAAUAAGAAAGUGAUGUUAAUUCCUUAUUUUAAGAUGAAAUUAUUUCAUGUAAUUCAAAUGAUAACAUUACAAACUCUCCAAAUUCUUCUAAUUUUGAACCAAUUUUUUCAUUUGCUUCUGUAUUAGAAACUGAUGAAAAUUGA